GUUUGCCAUCUGCCAUUCUUAUUUAUCCAUCUCCAUCUUCAUCCCCAUCUCUAUGGCUUCUGCUUCAUCGUCCAUUCUCUCCUCCUUCCUCUUCAUAUUUCUGUCCCUCUCUGCUUUCUCCCACGCUCAACAAGCUUACCUCGACAACAUGCAGCUCGACUGCUACGAGAACCGAUCUCUAACACAUGGGUAUCUCUGCAAUGGCCUUAAGAAAUCCUGCAAAACCUAUCUCACCUUCCGAUCACUCCCUCCCUACGACAACCCCGUCAGCAUCGCCUACCUCUUGGGCUCACAGCCGUCGGAGAUCGCCAGAUUCAACAACAUCACCGACGUCGACCCCGUUCCGGUGGAUACCCUCCUCUAUAUCCCAGUGAAUUGCUCCUGUUUGGGCAAGUUCUAUCAGCACAACGCCUUUUAUACCAUGAAAUACGAAACUGAUACUUACUUUGUGAUCUCCAACGACACCUACCAAGGCCUGACUACCUGUCAAGCCAUGAUGAAUCAGAACCCAUAUGAUAGCAUGAAUCUGUUAUUCGGUAUGAAGCUGCUGGCCCCUCUGAGGUGUGCUUGUCCUACUAAGAACCAGACUGCUCGUGGUGUGAAGUUCUUGCUGACUUACUUGCCUUCAUUGGAGGAUGAUGUUCCUUCAAUUUCUAAGAAGUUUGGCGUCGACGAAGAAAGCAUUAAUGAUGCCAAUAAGUUGAAAUGGGAUAGCGUUACUUAUCCCUACACACCCAUCCUGGUUCCACUCAGGACUGAGCCACGGCCAACCAAGAUCCAAAGUUCAGCUUCUUCCCCGGCACCUUUACAAUCUCCGGUACUGCAGAAUACUGUCCCUGCUGUUGAAAGAAACUCUUCAAAUAAAUGGGUUUUCUUCGGAAUUGGAAUUGGAGUAGGCUUAGUUACUUUGGUCAUCUUCGGAACUCUGGUUUGGUUCUUGUGUCUUCGGCGCCUUCGGCAAGGCAAGCUGAACCCAGAAGGCAGAAAGCUUGCUGCAGAUUCUAAUAUUGCAGCAGCUGCAGGCAAGCAAUUCGGCUCUUCUGAUGGAAUUCAAGUUGUCAUCGAAUCCUUGACGGUUUACAAAUUUGAAGAGUUGGAAAAGGUUACUGGGUUCUUCAGUGAAGAUCAUAAGAUCAAGGGAUCUGUUUAUCGUGGAGUUAUCCAGGGAGAUAAUGCUGCUGUAAAGAGGAUAGAGGGGAAUAUCUCAAACGAGAUUAAUAUACUGAAACUGAUCAAUCAUUUCAACGUGGUUAAGCUUUCAGGAUUCUGUGUGCAUGAGGGGAACACCUAUCUCGUUUAUGAAUUUGCAGAAGGUGGGCCGCUCAGUGAUUGGCUUCAUGAGGGGAAGAAUCUGGGAUGGAAGCAGAGAGUUCAGAUUGCCUAUGAUGUAGCAAAUGGGCUUAAUUACCUUCACAACUAUGCCAAUCCUCCCUACAUCCACAAGAACUUGAAUAGCAGUAACAUUCUCUUGGAUGGCGACCUCAGAGCCAAGAUUGCAAAUUUUGGGUUGGCAAGAACUGUGAAUGGAACCCUGCAACUGACGAGUCAUGUAGUCGGUACACAGGGUUACAUGGCUCCAGAGUAUCUCGAGCAUGGGCUGCUCACUCCAAAGCUAGAUGUGUUUGCAUUUGGGGUUAUAGUGUUAGAGCUCUUGUCUAGAAGAGAAGCUGCCACUUCUUCAAAUGAUGAUGGUGACAGAGGGGAGAGAUUGUUGUCUGAGACAAUAAAACCAGUGCUUGAAGGAGAGAAUGCAAGAGAGAAGCUGAGAGGCUUCAUGGAUCCUUCUCUGGGGCAUGACUACCCUUUGGAGUUAGCCUUCUCCCUGGCCCAACUGGCUAUGAACUGCUUGGCUCUUGAUCUGAAUUCACGCCCAACCAUAUCUCAGGCAUUCAUAUCUCUGUCCAAGAUUCUCUCAUCUUCAUCCGAUUGGGAUUCCUCAGAUGAACUUCAACACUCAAACUCUCUAGGCCAUGGUCGUUAGUAAGGUGACUGUUUUCUCUAUAAUUGCAAUGUAUUUGGUAAUUUCCAAAGUUAUUUUCUUUUUUUUUUUUUUGAUAAUAUACAAGUAGAAAUUAAGCUCUGAGUAUAGCCUCUGUACCCUGCAAGUUGAAGAACUGAAUAAAGAUAUUUUAGAUGCAAGGUGAACCAGUGAA